AGUAGAGAGAGACAAAGUGGAGAAAGAAGAAAAGAGAUAGGAAGAGAAAUAGAGAAUAGAAGAGAGGAGAUAAAAGAGAAGAGUGGGAAAGAAAAGGAAAGAGAAAAAAAGAGGGAAAGAAGGUGAGGGGAAGGGUGGGAAAAAGAAAUGGAGAGAGAAAAAAAGGAAGAGAAGAGGGGGAGAGAGAAUAAGAGAAUGAUAAUCCUGGGAAACGAUAAAGCACGCUGGCAUUGAAGACCGCGUUCCAAUUAAAACGCAUGGGAUUUUUAGUCUUGAGGGGGGUGGAAGACAGAAAGAGGGGAAAGUGACGUCAGGCGCGAGGCAAAAGCCUCGGCGCGGACCCUGUUCACUAGCAUGUAUUCCGAAUACCGAUACUCUCACAGUCUGGGCAAGAGGAAGUUGCACAUAGGCGUUGCGGGAGGAGAGACGGGGAGGAAGGCGUGGCUUGGCAUGGCGUUUCACGGAAGUGACGCUAAGACGGGGCGGGGACAGCUUACGGCGGCGGCGCGCGGCUGGGCUCGCGCCGGGCUUCCUUGCCCGUGCUUCCCUCCUCCCCCGCCCCUUCCCUCUCUCUUGUUGCCUCCUCCUCCUCCUCCUCCUUCUCCGCCCCCGCCUCCUCCUCCGUUGCCGCCGCCGCGCUCGAUGAAGCGGAGGCCGCAGCGGCCGUUGGCGCUGUCGCUCCCGCUACCGGGGCCGCGGCGGGCGGGGCUCCGGCCGGGCCCAGCCUAGUCCCCAGCGGUCCGUCACUCCGCAUCUCGCUCCCGCCUUCCCCGAUGCAGGGGGCAGAGCUCCGGGACGGCGAGGCGGCGGCGGCGGCGGCGGCGGCAGCGGCGGCCUCUUACCGCGUCUUGAGCCGCCUGCUGGGAUACGGAGAAGCGGCCUCGGAGUCGUCCCCGCCGCCGCUGCCGCUGCCGCUACCGUCGCCGACCCCGGGCCAUGGACCCCAGCCGCUGCCCCCGGCCCAGAGCCCGGUCCCGCCUCCGCCGCCACCCUUCUUGCCGAGGCCGGGGCCCCGGAAUUCCCGGCCGCCGCAACUGAUGGUGUUCCGCAACGUAGGGCGGCCGCCCGAGGAGGAGGAGGCUGCUGCGGCGGGACCUGGGCCGGGGCCCUCGGAGCUGCUGUGCCCCCGGCACCGUUGCACCCUGGAUCCCAAGGCCCUGCCACCGGGGCUGGGGUUGGGGCUGGGCCUGGGGCUGGGGUUGGAGCGGGGUUGGGGCCCGGCGGCGGCCGCGGCGGCGGCCGCGGGGCUGGAGGCCCAUCUGGCCGCUCUCGGGCUGGGGCCGGCUGGCAAGGGCCCGGGGCCCGCCGGAGGCAGCUGUCCGUGUGCUCCGCAGCCCCCCACGCCGCAGCCCCCACCGCCAGCCGCGGUCCCACAAGCGGGCGAGGAUCCCACGGAGACAAGCGAUGCGCUGCUAGUCCUGGAGGCGCUGGAGUCGGAGGCCGAGAGCCUGGAGACCAACAGCUGCUCCGAGGAGGAGCUCAGCAGCCCCGACCGAGGGGCGGGUGGAGGAGGUGGCGGUGGUGGCAGCCGGUCCGCAUCUCUGCAUCCCCUGGCCCCCGAGCUGCCGCCCGCGCCCUUCCCGCUGCAGGACCUGGUGCCCCCUGGGCGGUCUUCCAGAAUGGAACCCCCACCACCCCCGCAUCAGCAGCCCUCGGCGCCCCUCCGGCCGCCCCUGGGCACCUCUCGCAAGGGCUCGCUCAGAAUCCGCCUCAGCCGCCUCUUCCGCACGAAGAGUUGUAAUGGGGCCUCCGUCAGCGGAGAUGCGGCGGGCAAGAGGCCUCCGGGGGAGUUGGCUGCCUCCUCCGUGAGUCUGACCGACGUGGGAGGCCCCAGGGCCCGGGAGCCAGAGGCGGGGAGGAAACCCAGGUUGACAAGAACUCAAAGUGCCUUUUCUCCGGUCUCCUUCAGCCCCUUCUUCACAGGUGAAACGGUGUCACUUGUGGACGUGGACAUUUCUCAGCGAGGUCUGACCUCUCCACAUCCUCCAACUCCCCCUCCUCCUCCACGAAGAAGCCUCAGCCUCCUAGAUGAUAUCAGUGGGACGCUGCCUGCAUCUGUCCUAGUGGCUCCGAUGGGGUCUUCCCUGCAGUCCUUUCCCUUGCCUCCACCUCCUCCACCCCAUGCCCCAGAUGCAUUUCCCCGGAUUGUACCCAUCCGAGCUACUGAAUCCCUACAUAACCAACCCACCCAGCACCUUCAAUGUCCUCUCUACCGACCUGACUCUAGCAGCUUUGCAGCUAGCCUUCGGGAAUUGGAGAAGUGUGGUUGGUAUUGGGGGCCUAUGAAUUGGGAAGAUGCUGAAAUGAAACUGAAGGGGAAACCAGAUGGUUCCUUUCUAGUACGGGACAGCUCUGAUCCUCGAUAUAUCUUGAGCCUCAGCUUCCGAUCCCAGGGUAUCACACAUCAUACCAGAAUGGAGCACUAUAGAGGAACUUUCAGCCUCUGGUGUCACCCCAAGUUUGAGGACCGUUGCCAGUCAGUGGUGGAAUUUAUCAAAAGGGCCAUUAUGCAUUCCAAGAAUGGGAAGUUUCUCUAUUUUUUAAGGUCACGGGUUCCAGGACUUCCACCAACUCCAGUCCAGCUCCUCUAUCCUGUGUCCAGAUUCAGUAAUGUCAAAUCUCUCCAGCAUCUUUGCCGCUUUCGGAUCCGACAGCUUGUCCGCAUAGAUCACAUCCCGGAUCUUCCUUUACCGAAGCCUCUGAUCUCUUACAUCAGAAAGUUCUACUACUAUGAUCCUCAAGAAGAAGUAUAUUUGUCCUUGAAGGAAGCGCAGCUCAUUUCAAAACAGAAGCCGGAGGUGGAGCCCUCCACGUAGCGAGGGGCCCUGGGACAGCUGUGCUGCUGUCAGGUAUUUGGUGGCCAAGCUCCAGUUGCAAAGAACCAAAUGAAGCUACAUGGUUGAUGAGGGGAGGGAAGAGCAAAUGGGAAGGAGGAACAGUUAAACUUUCUAUACAAAUGUUUUAAUUCCCAUAAAAGGCACAGAAGAAGCACACAAAAAAGUUCCUGAGGUGGGAAUACCAACUGCCAGCUCUGAAUCCCCUGUUGGGAUCAUACAACUGGAUCAACUCCUCGGAAAGGUGGAGAAAGUCUCAGUACUGUUUCUUUUUCAGAAGUUUUAUUUUUGAUAUUGCCAUUUUCAGUAUGGAAAACAUAGUCUUAAGAGCAGCUGGGGAUUGUGCCUAUUGGAUUUGAGGUGGGUUUAAGAAAGUGCUGCCCCAUUCAAUGAAAAGAAAGGGCUUACAGACAAACCCUUUAACAUUAGCCAUGGUGCUCUGCAAUGGAGAAAACAUGUCAUAAGUAAUGAGGGCCUAAGGGAAGAUGGAAUGAGAAAUUUGGAGUUGCCUAAUUAUGAGCCUUUUGUAAAGAGUAUAGGCUCCUUAGAGGAGCUGCUAAAGAAGGGCAAACAGUAUGAAACAAAACAUUGUGGGAAAGAAACAAAUGGGUAUUGUUUGCAAUUUAUUUGAAGAAUUUUCACACCUUUUUGAGGUCUGAGAUGUUGAAAUCACAUGCCUCUGACAUUUAGAAGCUUUUAAAAUUUGCUCUACCUAUUUCCUGAAAUCCAUGACCUCAGGGUACUUCUGUUCUUCCUUAUAAACUAGGAAGAAAUUAACCGUUUUAGCUCUCCCUUCUCUCUCUAUAGCAGCACAUUUUAUUCUGGACAUGGUAUAUCCCCUUAUUCCACAAAGGAAAUAAUAUUUUUAUUGUUGCUUGAAUGGUUCAAAGCCCCAAUUGUGGUUUCAGAUUCUUCAUGUCAGACCAUCUCUAUAAUUUAGAAUUUCUCACUUAAUCUAACAACAUGAAGAUAGAGAUGAGGGACAAAAUCAUCACCCCUUUUCUAGAAAUUCUAUCUCCAGAGGGCAGGGUUCUAAAGAUCUGAUUGGCACUGUUAAAUCUCAUGCUUUGAAGUUUAUCUUCUGUCUAAGCAUGUCAUUCAGCUUCUGGACUGGAGAGGUAACAAGAAACCAAAUAGUGGCUUUAUUUCCAAACAUAUAUUUUGGGGGUGGGGAGUGUAUCAUGAUCACUGCCCUCCUUUUGAUGAGAAAUCCAGUCCAAUACCGAUUUGGAACCUAUUGUCUUUUGACCCUUAAGUCUUCCUGUUGAGAAGAGAAAUUCAGGGAGGCUUUUUGAAAGUUUAAAACUUGUCCCAAAGGUGACCAUCACUUGACUCUGAAUGAUAAGCUUUUGAGAACUGUUGUCAAGUGGAGUUGACCGAGUUGAGAUUUCAUAUUAAGAUGUAAGAUUAUAAAAUAUUCUGAUAUAAGAAGGACCAGACUGUUAAUACUCUGCAAUAGGUGCUCCAUGAAACUGUUUCCACAACUCCCCUGUGUUUAUCUUUACUUCAUUUUAGUGUUAACAAAUCCAACAUUAUCAUUUCAUGAAAGUUUGGAGUGAGGCCCUCAGUGUGUCUCAGUAAAUUGAAGAAAUACCUCAUCUGGAAGCACUGCCUACUGAAGGCUGAAGUGGUGGCUCCCUCUGUCACAAGUCCCCCCAUUCCAAAUAGCCAGUCUCCCAAACUAUAAAUCUUUAAAAGGAUAUAAAGAUACCUAGGAAAUCUGGCCAUGAUAUCUGCUUUGCAGUAUCAAUGUAGACCAGAAUUCAUAUCAUAAGGAACAUUUCCCUUUUGUUGCUCUUAGAACAGCACUCACAAUGAAGAAAUAGGCUUAGCACCUGUGAACUUCCACCCUGGAAAGGACUUUAGAAUCCCUUGUAGUUAUUAGAAGGCAGAUGCAACCCCUAUUUUCUUUGGCUAUUGCCAAUGAAAGAUUAAAAUUUUCUAUUUUUGAAGUACCUUGAGGGAAAAAAAGACCUGAAACCUGAUUCCUGCCUAAGUUUAGAUAGGAAUUUGGGGAUAUACUUUGUGUUACGUAAUGCAUUUAGAAAGUAGUAUGACAAUGUAAAAUCAAUAGCCAAAUUUUAGUACAGAUAUGUGAUAGGCAGGGAAGGUUUCAUAGAUGUGAAACUUAACAGUCUUGAGGGUUUAGUGGGAUUGAAAGAGGCAAAAAGGGAGUAGAUACACAGAGAUAGAAGUGAGUGGGACAUAGUGGGAAGCAUAGAGCCCAAAGCCAUACUAGCUAUAUACAUCAGCCUUGAGUUUUUCUGCCUUUUCAGCUCAUUGUUCUAUACUUAGAGACCUCCAGGAUCCAUCAACAGAUCUCAACCUGAGAGGGGAUCUGGAGGAAGAAGACUGCUGAGAAGAGUCUAGAGCUACGCUCCCCUUCCCUGGCAGCCCCAUAGGACCAUCUGAAGGCUGCCAACCCCCUACCUAUUAUUUCACCGGGACACCUGAGGAAGGAAUAACUUUGACCUUUUUUCUGAAGGCAUUUGAAUUUCCAUGUCCUAAAUCAAACUGGCCUGAAAAAUUGACAGUUGUCCCCACUCAUCUUCCUUCCUAGCCGCAGGGGCAAUUGCUCCUGUUAACAGUCUCUUGCUGGAUACUCAUCCUCCAGUAGAGGAUGGUAGAACAGAAAAGGACAGGAAGGAACUUGGCUAUCCUCAGGAAGUGAGUCUGGAAAUAGCAGAAAAGCAGAGAAUGAUUGGACUAGGAUUGCCUAAGGUGAGGUCCAAGAGGUUAGAAAUAGAACAGGGAGAGUCUGAGCAGCUAGGCCAGUAAUAUACGCCCUUCAUGCCCUCCAGAUACCCUCUAACUAGACUGCCUACCUACCUCUUCCUCAUUCACAAUAAACUCAACAAAAAUGGCAAGUUACUCAUGAACUCAUUCUCCCCCACUCCCAUUUUCUUUUUAAGUCACAAAAACUGGAAAAAGACAGAGGACUCAUGGCUUCUUGAAGGGUUAGCUUGGGCAAAUGAUGUCAGUUGUGCCCUUAGGCUACCUUGAAAAGGAAACUCAAUCCUCUCGUCCAUCAUCUACUGUAACCUUCCUUGGGACAGGAAUAGACUUAAACUUAUGUGAGCUAGUGACAACUACUGCUAUAACUUGCUAUUACUUGAAAUUCAUAUGCUGCGAUGGGGGUGGGGAGGGUGGGACUUAAUGGGGAGACACAUCUAUGGGUGAGGACAGAUGGCUUUGAGGCUCCUGAUCAAUAAUGUUUGCCUUGGCCUGGGGACCUAGCCCUGUGCCUAGAUAUAAUGACUGGAACCCUCUGAAACCUGAGCUGCCUCAGGGAAGGGACUUGGAAAGGGGUGGGGCCAGCUCCAUUCUGUUCUAGUAGCGCUGCUUAUAUAAACCCCUUCUCCUUAUUAAGAUUGGGAACAGUGUGGAGGUGGGGAGCUUCCAGUCCAGUCUGCUCCCAAGAAGAGGUGGGGAAGGUCAGGACACCCAGAAUGGUGCUGAAGAUGAGGCAAAAGGAGAAAGACACAUCCUAGGAGAAGUCCCAGCCUCUCAGGUCUUUCCUCUGGGCUCCUGGAAUAGCAAAGCUUUCCUGAAGCCCUCUGCUCUCUGCAGGAAAAAAAAAAAAGAAUUGUUUUUUGUUUUCUCUUUUACCUUCCUUGUUGCCUCUAACUUCCUUUUGAGCUCUGGGGUUGAAAGGCCUGGCAAUGCAAGAGGUCUGCAAGUCUGGGUGCAUGUCUGUCUUUACUUACAGAAUUGUUACCCAUCAUUUGGGAAGUUGGGAGCAUCUCUGUUGGGGGGAACUGACAUGAUGGCCAAGUUUAAGAAAAUGUUCUCUGCCCCCAAGGGAGAAGCUUUGGAGUUAGACAUUUUCCCUAUGGGAAUCUUUUGGUUUGGUUUGUGGGGGGUGGGGAGGGUCAGAGGAGGGAGAGGGUAAGUGCUUUUAUCUAUAGUCUCCAACAUAGCUGGUCUUACACUGAAUUUGUGCUAUUGCAUACAUGUAGCCAUCUUUCUUUUCACUGCAGCAGUGUUUAUUGGUAGUUCAAAAUGAUUUAUUUGCUCCUGGGGAGUAAAACUUUUUUAUUUAAAAAAGAAAAAAUUAAUGAACCAACCUCCCCUUCUCCCUUUAAAAUGACCCUUAUAAUAAGUAUCUAGAGAUUAUUGGGUCAUAAGACUUAAAAAAGCAGAGUCAGGUACAGAAGUCCUUGUGACACCCAAUUAUGACCUGGGGAAUGUGAUCCUUCAUGCUCAGCACAAUCUAGAGGAGGAUUUGAAAGUGAGAUUUUGGGUGGGAGUUGGAGGGGGUAGGGGAUAAGCCACAGAGAUAGGGAAGCUAGGGAUCCAGGUGCUGCAGUUAAAACAGAAAUGGUAAUGCACUGUUUUUAAAAGUUUUAUUUUCUGACACAAGAAAACCUUUUCUUUACAUGCAGAUUACGUGUAUACAUUUCUGUAUUUGUCCUCUUUACUCCUUUUCCCCUUUCUGGCUUGGUGCUGCCAUCAUGGUCCCCAUUUUUUUGGUUGUUCUCCAGUGGUCUCUUUCCAGCCAGCCCUGCUCCCUGAGUUUGUUGAUUCACUGUCAUUUCUAUUUUAUAUCAUCUUAAAGAGUCCAUGGAACACUUCCCACAGAAGGGCAUGAGGCAGCAGCCAAGAAGGAAAUAAGGCAAUCAACAGUAGGAGGAUAGACUUAAAUGGCUGGUCGCAGCUGGACUGCGAUCUUUGUUGCCCUUAGAGAAGACAUUCGAGAAGAAGACAGUUCACACCCUUCAUCAAAAGUAAAGUGGUCAAAGAUAAUAGGGCCUCAGCUCAGAAGCCAGAGUCUUCUCUGCCUUAGCUCCUCAGCCUGCAGAAAUGGAUCAGGAACAGUGGCUUGAUUUCUUCCACCUAGAAUCUCUCUUGGGAAGGUUCUAACCCUUAGAGCUGCACCGUGAAUCUUCCAAAGAACAUAAACCAGUCACUGGUCUCUUGGAAAACUAGCUUGUUUGGAUGCAGAAACUGGUAGUGUUAAUGACAAAGCCACUUUUGUCUCUUUGUGUUCUAGGAAAACUUUAAAAAUACGGUAUCCAAAUCUGGGCUCAGGUUCUUUGCUAGUUCUCAGUAAGCUAAUUAGUCCCUUCCCUUCACCUCCCACCCCCAACUUUGUGCCCUUCUUGAAAGCAUCCUCAUUACCACCAGCCCAAAGUGACCUGGCUUCUUUUCCCACUUAGUUUGGACACAUUUUUCUCCCCACCUUCCCCUUAUUUCCUACCUUUUUUGUGCUUAAUUUAUUAAAAUAGUUGCUGUAUAAUUUAUUUUCAUAAACUAUUAAAAUGUACUAAAUGGUUAAAAAUAGACUUGCAGGCCAAUCUUUAAGGGGGGGAAGAGUAUGGGGGAUGGGGAAGAUGUUUUGAUAUAAACAUAACAAAUGCACUUUGGGUGUGUUUUGGUAUUUUUCUUGGGGGUGGGGGGGUGGGGGGAUGUUUGGAUGUUCCUGUAGAUUAGUUACAGAAUGGGGAUUGUCUGUAUAUAUUGUAUUAAUAGGCAUGUUUGGACUCUUGUAUUCAGACAUUAGUAGCUGCUGCAGGUCCUGUUUGGAAAUCCCAUGUAAAAUUCCCAGUUUUUUUGUAAGUGUUGGUGCGGGAGACAUUUGACUCUUGUGUUUGUAUCUCCUUUUUAUGACUGUUGUUCAGACCCAUGUCUUUUUGGGGAGGGGUGGGAAGGGAAUUUGAAAUAAAAAUGUUUAGAAAUUG